GUUUUCAUACCAGACAAAAAAAUUAUUAAGAAAAAAGAAAAAAGAAAAAGAAAAAUCCUAACGUUUACGGACCAAACUUUUAACAGCUCCUCCUCGCCUGCGCUCUGAAAGCUAAAGGCUAAAAACUCUUUCUUCUCCGACGAAUUUCCGGCCAAAACUUCUAAAAGUAGGGAUAUAAGAUGUGCCUUCAAAAUUCUUGUGCGCAUUUGUCGGCAGAGGAGGCUGUUGCAAUCGAAGAGAGUCUUUUGAUAUAUUGUAAGCCAGUUGAGCUCUACAAUAUCCUUCGCCCCCGUGCUCUGCACAAUCCUUUAUUUCUGCGUAGAUGUUUGCAUUACAAAAUCCAAGCAAGGCGCAAAAGGAGGUUCAGGACUGGGAUUGUAAUAUUCAACUAUAGGGACUACAACAACACGUUACGAAAGACUGAAGUUACUGAAGACUUCACGUGUCCCUUUUGCUUGAUGCAAUGUGCAAGCUUUAAGGGUCUGCGUUAUCACCUGUGCUCUUCACAUGACUUAUUCAACUUUGAGUUUUGGGUAACUGGAGAGUACCAGGCAGUAAACGUUUCUGUGAAAAUUGAUGUAUUGAGAUCUGAGACUGUAGCAGAUGGAGCAGUCCCACAACUUCAAACAUUCUUCUUCUGUUCAAGGCCAAGAAAACGUAGGGCAGAGAACUGUGGUCAAAAUGAAAAGUAUGUUAAUGUACAAUUCUUGGAGUUAGACUCACCUAGACUAGCCAAUGGAGUUGUACAUGAGGGACUUUUGGAGAAUGAUGAUGGUGAGAAGGCUUCCAAGGUGCAUUGGAAAGAUAUCCAGCUUCCAUCUACAGGUGAGAAGGCUUCCAAGCUGCGCGUCGAGUGGAAAGAUAUCCAGCAUAGAAGGCAUGAACAUGAAAACUAUGGUCCUGAUCAUCCUAGUUCUGUAGAAUGUGUAACAUCAAGUUCCAAUAUUCCUGGUUCUACAGUUGGAUCUCUGGAGCCUGAUUGUGUUAAAAUUCUAUCUGGAAGUGAUUCCGCACCACCUACUAAAAUAAGGAAGUUAAAUGGAGAGCGAUCGGACCCAAAAAACCGUAUGCUCCUGCAGAAACGACAGUUCUUUCAUUCUCAUAGAGUUCAGCCUAUGGAGUUAGAGCAAGUAUUAUCGGAUCGGGAUAGUGAAGAUGAAGUUGAUGACGACAUUGCAGAUCUUGAAGAUCGGAGGAUGCUAGAUGAUUUUGUAGAUGUUACCAAAGAUGAAAAGCAGCUGAUGCAUCUCUGGAACUCAUUUGUGCGAAAGCAAAGUGUGCUGGCGGAUGGUCACGUUCCCUGGGCAUGCGAAGCAUUUUCAAAACUUCAUGGACAGGAGCUAGUCUCCUCUCCGGCUCUUUUCUGGUGUUGGAGGUUUUUCAUGAUCAAACUUUGGAAUCACGGUCUGCUUGAUGCGGGCACAAUGAAUAGUUGCAAUAUCAUUCUCGACGGAUACAAACACUAGCCAACAGUUGCUAUUAGAAGUUGCAAAAAGUGGAGACGACUGACUUCUUCGGCUUUACAACGUAUAUAAUGAGAUGGGAAAGUAAUUUUUCCCUCGCAGGAGACUGCGGUCACCUUCUCAAUGUAGUACUUUAAAUUAUAUGAUCCUCCCAUUGUUUUACAUUAUUGAGAAAAAAAAAUAAAAAUCAGACUCAAUUUAUCAAUAUUAAAUUAAUGAUUACAAGUUCUUGUUA